AUGUCUAAAAUAACAGCGUCUAUCGAUAUCAACGCGUCUCCAGAAAAAGUUAGACAGACUUUUCUGGAUUUCGCGAAGUACCCAGAUUGGUCUUCCUUCAUCACGAGCGUCAAGCCUAGAGAUCAACACGGCCAACCAAUCAACCCCGGGGACGUCUUGGAAAUUAGUUUACUUAUGCCAGGAAGCUCCAGUGCUACUGUGAUGAAACCCACAGUCUUGGAAAAUUUGGAAUCGAAGUUCAGCUGGAAAGGUGUACUGGGGUUUGGCUUUGUGUUCACUGGCGCUCACAGCUUCAACUUCAUUGCGGUCGAAGCUGGCACCAAGACCAAGGUGGUUCAAGAAGAGCACUUUAGCGGGUUUCUACGGGCUCCUCUCUUGUGGGCUCUUGGUGCCAAAACUGAGGAAGGUUUCAAUUCUUUCAACCAAGCCUUAAAGGUCCGCGCGGAAAGUCUGUAG